AUGAUCCGGUCGAUGGGCUUCGAUCUCCACUACCACGAGAUUCGGACGAAGCUCAUGUACCUCUUGGAGGUGAACACCUCUGGAUCGAUGAAUGAUCAGGAAUUCAUUCGCGUGGUGGGCCACCUAAAGGAUACCGAGCUUCGGCAAAUGUGGAAGGUGGUGAACGAGGAGCCGCGUUGCGAACCCGCAAAGCAGCUGAAGCAGCGGACGUUUGAAGAAACGGUGCUGGCAGAGAACGCGGCGAAGGCGGUGACCUUUAUGGACUUCAUCCCCUGGGCCUCAGAGCUGCGGAAGAAGCAGCGGGAGGAGGUCCGGCGGCAUCAUGGCUUUGGCAAGGAGGAAGUCGAGGCCUUCCGCCAAGACUUCAAGGCCUACGCCCAUGCGGACGGCAUCCGCCCGAGCGAUUUGAGGCGACUUCUCACGGAGAAGUUCCCAAUGUUGGCAGACAAGAACACCAUGCAAGACCACCGGGCCAGACUCAGUGAGGUGCUGGGUGGCACCGCUUCCUCCGGCCUCGUGGCUUUUCUGGCGCUCGCCCGCAUUUGCCACGACUUCAUCGAGGCGUCGAAGCUGAAGCGCGAGCGCCAAGCCAUCCAGGACACCGGCUUUGCGGACGCAGAGGUCGAUGAGUUUCGGACUCUCUUCAUGGGCCAAGCAAGCCCCAGUGGCCUUCCAGGCAGCUUCAGCUACCGUUUGGCCUUUGAUGAUGUGAAGCUGCUGCUGCACAACGUGGUGCCCUUAGGCCACAAGAACGUCCAGGUCUUGCGGAAGCAGGUCCGGCUGGUGAACAAGCACGGAAUCCAAGGGGACGACUCGGUGAACUUCCCAGAGUUUUUGCACCUCCUGCGCCGUUUGCUGGACGCCAACUUUGCCGGCAUCGCCCGUUUGGGGCACGGCACGCAAGGCAGGAAGGAGCGACGACCCUCUGAUCGACGGCCCUCUGAGGCAGCCACGUGA